GUUGCGCUCCACGCGUUGCUGUAUAAGCAGUCAGCUGAUAUUACCGAGUAUAACUUUCCAAUGAGAGUCUACGUGACAUCACCGCGUCCGCUCUGACCGAAUCGAGAAGCCCAAUUUUGUUCGUGGUUGCAGCUUCAGCGGUUUACGGCCGACUUCAGCGACGAAAUAAUAAAACAACACUGACACUGAAAUACAACAGAGGAAGUAUCGGAGCAAUUCGCUGAAAAGAAACUCAUUUUUCUUUCAAAGGUAGCCCCCUCAUCUGCAGUGUGCAGAUGAAUUACGAGCAGCCUCCCCCCUACACAGGGCCUGGCCCCACCGCUCCAGGAUACCCCCCUCCCUCCGCUCCCGGAUACCCUCCUCAGGGAUUCCCUGCACAGCCGUACCAAGGAUAUCCAGUCAAUACUGACCAGCCCAACCCUGGUUACCCAAACUACCCUCCUGGACCCCCUGGGUCAUACCCGGUCCAGCCAGGAUACCAGGGGUACCCACAACCACAGUAUGGAGGCCCAGUGUAUGGGGAACCUCCUAAAAACACUGUGUAUGUUGUGGAGCAGGGCAGGCGGGAUGAUUCCGGGGACCAGGCAUGUCUUACUGCAUGUUGGACGGCCCUGUGUUGCUGCUGCCUCUGGGACAUGUUGACCUAGAAUAAUGAAGAAACCACUGUGAGCCACUCCUUUAUUUGUAAAGAUCUUUCACUCCACGAUCUAAUCCUUAUUUAUGCCUGACUACUGAAAAAGUAAUUGAGAAACAAAUAAAGUUAUGUUUUUGUUGUAGCGUUCAUUUCCAGUAGUCCAACUUGGAGCACCUAUUUUUAUUCCUUCAAUUAUGCAUGAUACGCACUGAGAGACUGAUUACAUGCAUUGAUCGUAUUUGUAGAGGCAUAUUAAACAGAAUGUUUUUAUUAUUUGUCUUUUGAAAAUAAUACAGAUGUCAUCUUUAUUAAUGAAUGCAAAAAUUACAAGUUUGCUUGUUUAUAGACCAGAUUUGAUAAUCAAAUAUGGCCUUGAAUGUUUGAGCUGUCUUAAUAUGUCAAUCAAGGAAAAGU